GAAGCCAGUCACCUAGGCAACCGCAGCAGACAUGUCGGAGCUGCACCAGGCAGCGGCCGCGGCGGACUUUGAGCACGUGGAGGAGCUCCUGAGAGAGAAGAAAUGCAACCCCAACCAGAAGGACAUAGACUGGGGCAACAAGACUCCUCUGCACUGGGCCGCAGCCAACGGAGACGUGGAAACAGCCAGGCUCCUCAUGGACCACGGCGCUCGCCCCUGCCUGAGGACGGAGCUCGGGUGGACUCCGGCCCACUUUGCCGCGGAGGCCGGGUCGCUGGCGGUGCUGAGGCUGCUGCACUCCGUCCACGCGCCCCUGCACAAGGAGGACGCCGGCGGGGACAGGCCGCUGCGCUUUGCCGAAAUAUACGGACACAAGGAGUGCGUUGUCUUCCUUCAGAAGGCCGAGGCGGAGGGUCACGCCUACCGCAAAUCUGCAGCAGCCAAGGGAAUGUCUGUGGACGACACCGACGAGGAGUGGGAAGGAUGAAGAAAGACCACAUCUGCAUGACGGCGCGUCUUCAAGUGGUGACAUUGCUGGUUUUAGGAGCAGAGGAGCAUGUUGGGCAGCGCACACACACAGAGUACUUACAAGCAGACACAGUGUGUAGACAGAAAAGGGAGAAUGGACGCAUUUUGGUGUAAAAAGUCAAGAUAAAGGUGAAGUUAUAACACUGAAACAAAGAGGUGCUUCAAGACAUUUUAGCUACUUCUAAAUCACUAAUCCUGGCCUCCAUGGCGACUAAUAAAGUACGUUUCUUACAAGUAGCACUAUCACUGGAGGACGAGGAAUAUCUAAACAUGCUUCACUACACACCGUAGGAGGAUACAAUAGCUCACCACCGUCACAAUGUAAACAAAUGCCAUGGGUGGAUCAACAACUGAUAUCCACUGUAAUGAUACCAAGUAAUGGAGUCGAUACUUCUAUGAUUACAUCGAUAUUUUUUAGCAUCACAAAAUCUUUUUUCCUUUUUUUAAAAUUCAUAUUAUGUUUAUAAAGUCAGUAAAUACGUCCCUGGACACAUGAGGACUUUGAAUAUGACCAUACUUGCC